AUGCAGGUCUCAGGCCAGCACCCCGCAAUCUCCUUGGCUGAAGACCUUCAGCCUUCAAGACCGACAGACUCUGUUACCGCAGCAAGCAAUCCAUUGACCCCGGGCUCGGAAGCUACGCAGCAACGUGCUUCAACGCCACCUCCUACUGGCGAUCCUAUUUCUCAACAAGUUAAGACGGAUGGGCCAACGUCUGCAAUCGUUGUUAAUGAGUCAAGUUCCUCCGUACCAAAUUCUGAUCAGAUAUCUCUAAAAACAAAGCCUUUUGGAGCACAAUUGCAUUUGUGGCAAGAAGCUUACAAUGCGGUGGAAGAGAACACCCAGAAGUGGAUUGACGAGAAUGUCGGAGUGUGGCCCGACAACACCAACCCUUUCCCUGAACCAGUGGACCUGGUUCGCAGCAGCGAAGAGAAACAUGAUGAAAAGGCCUGGCAGUUUGGGCACGGCGGUCGCCCCAUUUUGCUGAGGGAUUACACGAAUAAUGUUAGCUCUUGCUUGACUGCAAUCGGAGACAUUGCUAUCAACUUUGCUCCUGCACCGUCCCCGACUGUUUGGAAUGCUGUAAAAGUGCUUCUCAAGUCUAUAAUCACAAGAUGGCCGGCUAAUGGCGAUCUGGCGAACGUGUUCCAGUGUGAGGACCUUGCGUCCAUUAUGGGAUGCACGGAUAUGGUUCUGUGUCUCGUCAGGCGCGGCACAAUAUACGAAGAAGUUUAUCUUCACGAUCGUCCUCUUUCUCCUAUCCAAGACGACCUGAAGACGAAGCUGGUCAGUUUGUAUAAAACCUGUUUGGAGUUUCUUACUCUUGUACACCAAGAGGUGAAGCAAGGAAACUUGAAGCGGUUUCUUGAAGCUCUUCUAGAUCCAGGUCACGGGGAGAAACGCGUUUCAGAUGUGAAAGAACUUGAGCAAGACUUAGAAAACACCGCUCGAGCUUACGACACUGUUGUGAAUCUGGCCAGAAGCAAAAAGCACCGCGAAGAUUGA